UGUUGCUAAUUUGGGUGACUUCACUGUGAAAUUCAUGUAUUUUUGUGUUUCAAACGAGGUUAUAGUUAGGUCAAUUUCUAUUUAAUGAAUUCUGCCAUGUUUAGUCUGUUUGUUGGCGAGAAUUUCUCCUGUUUAUUUUUUUUAAAAAAAAAAUCAGCGAUUGUAUUGAUGUAACUUCGUUUUUGUUGGAUCUGUUUGUGCGACUUGCUUUCUUGUGAAAGCUUACCCAGUUUGGUUUUGCUCUGCACGUGUAUGUAUGUAUAUAUGUAUAUAUGUAUGUAAUUCUGUUAAAUUGUUUGAAUAUCGCAAUUCAAUGUGUAAAGUAGGAAUAAGGAGAAGUUUGUCGAAAAUGAAUUGUUUUUUAUUGCCUUUUGCUUUUACAGGUUAUUUAUAUUAGUGAACUUAGCAAGAUGAGUGCUAGACCUUUCUAGGUUUUGAUGUAUGUAGGCCUUUAUGAGUUGAUGUAUGUAGUAAAAUAGAAUGUCAUGUUCGGGAAGACAUAUUGUGUUGUCUUUUUUCAAUUUCUCUUUGGAAGAUUGGAGCUUUGCCCCUUUUAAAUGAAUGCAAGCUGUUGAAUUAAUUGACUGAAAGUCCGUGGGAGUAGGGGACGUGCUUAGUGAAACAUGGAGAUGUUACGCGCACAUCCUAUACUAGUUACAAGUGAUCAAAAUCUGGUGGUAGGCUUAGACCGGGGAUUUGUGCUUGUUUGAGGUAGCAGGCUGCUUGAUGGAUAAGUCGAGCUGUCACGAUGUAAUCAAAGUUCUCAACUUCUUAUACUCUAGUGAAAUCAAAUUGUUGAGAUGAGGAAAGAUAGGCCAGCUGUUGCAAGUUCAAGUAAAAUAAGAUUCGAUGACUCUGAUGAACAUGAAUCUUCAUCUGAAGAUGAGGAGGAGAAGGGGAUUGAGGAGGAGCUUGCUGAUGUGACCUUUGAAGAAUUGCAGAGAGCACGGUCUGAUGGAUCAGCUACAGUGUAUAGGAAGCUUAAUUCGGAAGGAAAAAGUAGCCGAGCUAACAAGAACAGGCCAAUGGAAAUGAGUAGCAAAAAACCAGUAAGCCGAUUUAGGGAAAUAAUCCAAGUUCCUAAAAGGGCCACUCGUGACCCUCGCUUUGAGUCUUUAAAUGGCCAGGUAGAUGAAGAAGGGUUCAAAAAGAGAUACAAUUUCCUUUAUGAGGAUAAUCUUCCAGCAGAAAAAGAGGAUCUGAAGAAACAGAUGAGGAAAUCAAAUGACCCAGAAGAGAGAAAUGAACUGAAAAGUCGUGUUUCUUGGAUUGACAAACAAUUGAAAUCGGCAGGAGUGAAGCACACUGAGAAAGAGAUUCUGGCAGAGCACAAGAAGAAAGAGAGGGAAGCUGCUAAGCAAGGAAAACGACCUUAUUAUCUCAAAAAAUCUGAAAUUCAGAAACUCAAACUUAUUGAGAAAUACAAGUCACUCAAAGAAGCUGGCAAACUGGAAUCAUAUAUUGAGAAGAAAAGGCGCAAGAAUGCUGCGAAAGACCACAGAUUCUUGCCAUAUCGGCGCCCUGGUGAGCAAGAAAACUAGUGAAAUGACAUGUUUGUAUGCUGUAGCAAAUUUGUUUGCUUUGUUUUUCUCCUCACAAAUAUGUAGAGAGCUUGCUUUUUAAGCAUGACCAUGUGCCUUUUCUUUUGUUAUCGUUCAGCUGAUUUCUAUGAACUUAUAGUGGCUAUACUAGCUGUAUUCAGAGCUUGACAGAGAUGGUUGAAUUAUAGUAUUCACCCAUAACAAUACAAUCGAGCAGUCCAUCCUUCAAGUGA